AUGGAGGUGUUUGUCGAUGGGACGCAUGCUUGGAACCAGCGGUUCGCAAUCCUUCGCUGUAUGCGCACCUUGAGGGCGCCUGAAGCGAGGCAGAAAAUGGAUGAGCUUCAGCAGAAGCAGGUGGAGGACGCUUUAGAUCCCCCAAUGAGCUUGAUCCUGACGGCUGCUGCCGCCUAUGGCGCUGCGUAUGCAGGACUGCGAGGACCGCUGAGGUCACGACCCCUACUGCUCCAGCUUGCAGCCUGUGGACCGCCAGCUGUGGUCCUGUCUCUUGGGGGGCUCUACAUCAGUCACAGGCUGCUCAAAAGCCUGCUGAUGCGAGACGGCGCCCUAACGCGCGAGCUUCGUUCCCAUUGCUCCGAGCUUUCCCUUUCGUCAGAAAUGCAGGGGCGGGACGGCAAGUGA